AUGAUGAAGAACUGGCCUCUAGUGGGAUCUCAGCUUACUAAAUACCUUCCUCCGAAAGAAGAUAAAUAUACACAUGAUUGUUUUACUGGUCUGGAUCCGAUGAGGCGAGUCUUUAGAUUCCCUGCGAAGGGGAUCACAGUCAAGGAGCUUGGUAUUAUUAAGCUCACAGCUCUGUUUGCGGCGCGUUAUGGGAAUCCUUUUAGGUAUGGUUGA